AUGCAACUCGGCCAGCUUCUUGACACUCAAAAAAGACUCAACCCGGCGAACCCAGUACCGUUUCCGUUACUACUAAUGAAGACGGGCCGGGGGACCAGCGUCCCAAGGAAGCUCGUCAGCGGGGGCACGUUGUCGACCCCAAAGCCAAGCCGGGCUGGGAUGAAUGUUUCUGAGCGCAGCUUGCCUCCUCGGCUCAACGGGCCUCUCCUGCGAAUCCGCUCCAACGACAACCACGACUCCCGGCGAGUCGACUCCCUCUUUUAUGGCCCCGUGGACCCUGUCCUGGUUGACCCUUCCGUCAAUCAUUAUUACACCUUCCCCGCACUCGAAGAGGCCCUCAUGGCCCCCCUAAAUUGCUACGAAUGCAAGCUUUUCGACCCUGUCAUCCUUCAAUCCUCUUCGUUCAUCUAA